GACUGACAAAAGGCAGUGCGUCUGGAGAGGUGGAGCCCAGAGUUGUCCAGAGCCUCUGCGAUACGCCCGCUCUCCCCUCCCACCCCCAGUGGAAGUGGUUCAGCCCUAGGACUUCUCAUUCAUAAAAAGAAAAGACUCCGCUAGGAGCGAGUGAGUCAGAACCGAAGCCGCCGACGCGGACCCCACAAAGCAGCCAGCCCAGGGCAUGUUCCGAGACUACGGGGAACCCGGGCCGAGCUCCGGGGCCGGCGGUGCGUACGGCGGCCCGGCGCAUCCCCCGGCGACAGGCCAGCAGGGGACCCCUUAGUCCGGGAUUAGUCCUAGCCCCGACAGGAUCAGAGAGGGUCUGAUCCAUCUCGGACUCACUUUCCGAGGUCCGGAGUCUGAGCCGCGGCCGCCGAGAUGUCCCUACGCACGGGAUCCACCGCCAGGCUAGCCCCGACAGACUGCGAAUCCUCGGCAGUCUGUGAUCAUCCGUGUGCCUGACCGUUUGUUUGUCCCUCCCCACCCCGUCGCCAAGUCCUCAUCCCCAUCUCGGUGCAGUGGAGCCUGGUGGGCUCCGGGAGACUGGCCCUUGACCCUUUUACGGGUUGGGGCCGGUGGAAACCGCGGGGUGCCGGAAGUGCGCGAGGUCCUGCAGCGGGCAACUCCCGCGCCCCCGACUCUCGGCCCCGAACGGCGCCCGCUGCGGGCUGGAGGGGGGGACCCGGGAGGCUGCAGGUGCCCAUUUCCGGUCGAGGGGCCGUGAGCACGUGUCGCUAGGGGAGGGAAGAAGCGGCGUCCGUUCCGCCGAGUCACGGCGGCCGAGUCACGGUGGCUGACUCACCCGGAGCGCCCCUCCCUUCCUGGCCCGGAGCGUCCCGGGCCCGGACAACCUCGGGAGCGGGAGAUGCUGCCGGCGGCACCUCGGCCCGGAACUGGGGUCACUGGGUCACUGUGCCCGCAGCGCUGAGCCGGGGACACUGCUGUCCAGACUUGCCUGGGCUUGAACCCAGUUCUCCUCCGGAACACUGAGCCCCCAUCUCAACCCAUUCCUCACGUUUCUGGCUGAAAGUAUCAUGACAGAAGUUCCACCUCGUGCCAAGCAUCAACACUGUGAGUGGCAGCCAGGAGCUCCAGUGGAUGGUUCAGCCUCACUUCCUGGGACCCAGCAGCUACCCCAGGCCUCUGGCCUACCCCCAGUACAGUCCCCCACAGCCCCGGCCAGGAGUCAUCCGGGCCCUGGGCCCAACUCCAGCAGUGCGUCGCCGGCCCUGUGAACAGAUCAGCCCCGAGGAGGAGGAACGCCGUCGAGUGAGGCGCGAGAGGAACAAGCUAGCCGCGGCCAAGUGCAGGAACCGGAGGAAAGAACUGACCGACUUCCUGCAGGCGGAGACCGACAAACUGGAGGACGAGAAAUCCGGGCUGCAGCGAGAGAUUGAGGAGCUGCAGAAACAGAAGGAGCGCCUGGAGCUGGUGCUGGAAGCCCACCGCCCCAUCUGCAAAAUCCCAGAAGGGGCCAAGGAGAGCGAAACCAGCGGCACAGGCAGUACCAGUGGCACCAGCAGCCCACCAGCCCCCUCCCGCUCUGUGCCUUGUAUCUCCCUUUCCCCAGGGCCUGUGCUUGAACCCGAAGCAUUGCACACUCCCACGCUCAUGACCACACCCUCCCUGACUCCUUUCACCCCCAGUCUAGUCUUCACCUACCCCAGCACACCGGAGCCCUGUGCCUCAGCCCACCGCAGGAGUAGCAGCAGCAGUGGGGACCCCUCUUCUGACCCCCUUGGCUCCCCAACCCUCCUGGCCUUAUGAGGCACUCCAGCCCCCACUCCCUGCGGGUGCCACCCUCACCAAUAUUUCCCUGCCCAUUGGUCCAGCUGGCCUGGACCAUAUCUCAUGUCCAACCCCAGCAGAUUCUUCUCCAUCCCUCCAGAUGAGACUGGGCAUAUUUUGCUUCCUGGUAGUGACAGCUUGGGGCUACCAAAGCUGCCCACUGUUUCUCUAGAGCUGGCCUCUCUAGCACAGUUUGCACUAAGUCAGAGACAAAAUGGUUCCUGUUUGUUGGAGAAAAUUCCGGGCAGCUCCCAAGGGACUUUGUAGAUUCUCAGAGGUCCUCUGGAGCCCUAAACCCCUGCAGAUCACCCCUAUAGUCAUCAUCACCCUCUUCCUGUGAUUCACCCAAUCCUACCCCUGACAGGAGGUGAUGCUCUACCCGCCGAGAACACUAACUCACCCAGCCCCACUGCCAGCAGCACCAGGUUAUUGAACCAGGACACUCUGCCAGCCCCUCCUAAAUGGAACAGCUCAGGAGGGUGCCAGAGGUUUCUGUGAUGAGCUGACCUGCAGCCCCCAGCUCUGAGAAGUCUUUAGCUCCAAGCCUCCACAGCGUGGGCAGCUGCUAUUUAUUUUCCUAAAGAGAGUAUUUUUAUACAAACCUGCCAAAAUGGAAUAAAAGCCUUGCAAGCUCUAGCCUGCUCUCAUUGGACCCAGAGGCUAAAGGGAGAAGAUUUGGAGCCAGAAGCCCUAGGCUCCCAUUUCAGCUCCACCAAUUCACUACAUGACCUUGGACAAAUUAUUUGAUAUUUCCGGACCUUGAUUUUCUUAUCUGACAAGUGAGGCUACGUCUGUUCUGCCUCAUCUCCAAGACUGAGAGGAGGAACAGAAGUGCUGUGAGGUGCCAAGCCAAGAGGAUUACCAUCCUCCUCCUGGUGGGGGCCCACAGCGCUCCCACAGGAGGGCACUGUUAUGCCCCUUCCAGCCUCCCGGGAGGAGGCUGAGUGGGUUUCAGGCCCCCAACACCUGCUUCCUGCCCCAUUGUCUUGGACAGGAAGGAGCCGGGAAGGGAGCUGGAGACACUUCAGGGGCUGGAUUACGGCCUGUCCUGGGGCCUGAUGGGGGGAGCCAGUGGCUUACCACGG